AUGGCUUUUCAAAGCUCUAUGCGUCUGCUUUCGAUGUGGCUCAGCAUAGCCUCAGCGUGCCCUCAGAUACAACACAACAACAACCUCCACAGACGACAAGGCGUCAACGCCACCCUGCCAGAAGAGCCUCGCUUUUGGGCAUAUGAGGCAUCCUUCGAUUGGGGUCGACUGAAUCCAGAUUGGGAGAUGUGCCAGACCGGCAGCCAACAGUCACCAAUUCCUCUUCGGCUCGACCAAGGACUGUCGCGUUACCAUACUCUAGACUUCAAUUAUCCGACCAACGUGACUGGUGACUUCCACAACUGGGGAUAUGGUCCUGCUUAUAGGCUUGACCGGGACAAUGAGACCGAUUUCACCACCUUGCCAUCAGCCACAUUCGAUGAAGACAGCAUGAAUGAGACCGUAUACCUGGCAAGCUGGCAUAUCCACGCUCCAGCAGAUCAUACAGUCCAAGGAGAUCGCUCGAAGGCUGAACUCCAUUUCGUGCAUGCGGAUGCAGAAGGCCACGAGCGCGCAGUGCUGGCCAUUCGCAUCGAUCCAGGAAACUCGAACAGCACGUUCUUCAACCAAUUACCACCAAUGAUUGGCUUCAACCAGACUGAGAACCACAGCCUGCAAGUGCCAAUGGAUAUCAGCGCCUUCCUGCCCGAGAUCAACAAUUUCAGCGACUUUUGGACUUACAAAGGCUCAUUGACGUCUCCCCCUUGUACUGAAGGUCUGCGAUGGUUCGUCGCCAGAAACAUCAUGUUUGUGAGCGACCAGCAAAUGCAAAACAUCCUGAGAGUUAGCACGUUCUCAGCCAGGUCUGAGCAGGAAGUAUGGCGCCACGAUAUCAACGUAUGA